UUUCUUUUAAACCAAUUUUUCUAUGUUUUCCGUUUGUUAAAACUAUCUAUAAAAUGCUAAUUUUUCCUUCCAAUCAAACUAUAUAAUUGGGAAAAAAACCUCGUAUGACAAAUUUUGUUAAUUUGUCUUUUGGCAAAAGAGGAAACAACAUUUGCCAAGCUAAAAACAAGAGAAGCCCUCCGUGGAUAGCCAAAAACUCUGGUUGUUUAACUAAAACAAAGCAAUUACUAUGAUCCCAUUCGUAGGCAAAAGCUUCAAUCUUUUUAGUUGACAAUUGUUUUCCCACCAUUUCUACUGACUAGAAGAAAGGAAAAAAGGUUUUUUUUUUUUUUUGUUCUGUUCAAAGAAGUUUGGGUCUUGGGAAGUUAUGAGCAAAGAAGAAGAUGGUGGAUUAGACAACAGGGGAUGGUUAAGAUCGUCGUCAGGGGCGUAUAAAUGGCUGGCGAGCUUCCACCGUGAUCUGAUGGCGGGAGCGGUGAUGGGUGGCGUGGUGCACACGAUCGUGGCACCCAUUGAGAGGGCAAAGUUAUUGCUUCAAACCCAAGAGAGCAAUUUGGCUAUCGUAGCUGGUCGAAGAAGGAAAUUCAAAGGGAUGUUUGAUUGUAUCUUCCGAACGGUUAGAGAAGAAGGCACUCUUUCAUUAUGGAGAGGCAAUGGGAGUAGUGUUCUUAGAUAUUACCCUUCUGUUGCUCUUAAUUUCUCCCUCAAGGUGGAGACUAUAGAGUAUUUCCCUUCAGGGCCUUGGCAGAUGAAGAGAGCAUUAACCGGCAAGGAUCUGUACAGAAACAUAUUAAGAAAUGGCUGUUUUCAAGAUGGUCAUGUAUUCUCAGGAGCAUCUGCAAACUUUAUCGCCGGAGCUGCAGCUGGUUGCACAACAUUGAUCAUAAUCUACCCUCUUGACAUUGCCCAUACACGUCUUGCUGCAGACAUUGGGAGAACUGAUGUUCGUCAGUUCCGAGGUAUUUAUCAUUUCUUGAGUACUAUGUAUAAAAAGGAUGGAAUCUGGGGAAUUUACAGCGGUCUUCCCGCCUCUCUACAUGGGAUGAUUGUUCAUCGGGGUCUAUAUUUUGGAGGUUUUGAUACAAUGAAGGAAAUUUUGUCCGAGAAAUCCAGAAAUGAAUUGGCAUUAUGGAAACGGUGGGUGGUGGCCCAAGCUGUGACAACUUCUGCUGGAUUGUUGUCGUAUCCACUAGAUACAGUUAGGAGGCGGAUGAUGAUGCAAUCUGGCUUGGAAAAACCAAUGUACCAUAGCACACUGAACUGCUGGAGAACGAUUUAUAGGACAGAAGGGGUGACUUCAUUUUACCGUGGAGCCGUGUCUAAUGUUUUUAGGAGCACCGGUACUGCGGCCAUCUUGGUUCUAUACGAUGAGGUCAAGAAGUUCAUGAAUUGGGGUGGAUCUUAGUCGGAAGCAAUUUUUUAUAGUUUUCUUUUAAACAAAAGGGCUAGAGUAGUAGAACCAGAUUCAGGGUUACAGCAUAGAAAGCCUUGUAAAGUUCAACCGAACAUGACAUUCAUUUACCAAACAUGGCAAUCCACACACACCUUGAUUUUCCUUACAAAUAAAAAGAGCAAAAGUUGUUGCA